GCGCAGUGUCUCUGGUUACAACUGUCAAAAUCAAAAUUUGAUUCAAAAGUGACACUUCCAACCGUUUUUUGCUUUGUUUGAUUAAUUUUUGCGUUUAGUUUAGUGUUUAAAUUGUAUUUUACAUCGAGACAAUCAUCCAGAAGCCGCAAACUGGCUUCUUGCAACAAUGUACAUAAAAUCGGUGAUUUUGGACGGUUUCAAGUCCUACGGCCACCGCACCGAAGUUUCGGGUUUUGAUAAGGAAUUCAACGCUAUCACGGGCCUAAAUGGCAGUGGUAAAUCAAACAUCCUCGAUUCCAUAUGUUUCGUUCUAGGAAUCUCGAAUUUGAGCCAUGUCCGUGUGGGCAAUUUGCAAGACUUGAUUUACAAAAGUGGCCAAUGCGGUAUUGAAAAGGCCACGGUGUCUAUCACUUUUGAUAAUUCGAACCCAGAUCAGUGCCCCCCAGGGUUUGAAGAUGUCUCCGAGAUCACCAUCUCAAGACAGAUCAUGAUGGGGGGGAAAAGUAAAUACAUGAUUAACGGAAUGUCGGUUCAAAAUAAGAAAGUCCAAGAUUUGUUUUGUUCCAUUCAAUUGAACGUGAAUAAUCCACACUUUUUGAUUAUGCAAGGGAAAAUCACCAAAGUCUUAAACAUGAAACCGUUUGAAAUUUUAGGCAUGAUUGAGGAAGGCGCUGGCACUAAAAUGUAUACAACUAAACGAGACGAUACUUUGAAAACAAUUCGGAAAAAAGAUGCCAAACUUACGGAACUCCAAACUAUAAUGAAAGAGGUAAUCACACCAAGAUUAGAAAAAUUAAGAGAGGAACGAAGACAAUACAUUGAGUUCAAAAACGUAGAAAAGGAAUUAGACCACAUGUUAGGUCUCUACAAAGCUUGGGAAUAUGUCGUGUCGAACAGAAGAUACGUAGAAAUGAAAAACAAACUCGAAGCCGAAGAAAACAGUUUGAAAAAUGUUGAGGAAGAAAAAACACUCCAUAAAGAAAGAAUUAAAGAGCUGGAUGGGAUUAUUAAGGAAUUAACAAAGAAGGCCGAGGCGGAUGGUAAUAAAGGUUUGGAAAAACUCGAAAACGAACUACGAACGGCUGAAAAAUCCCAAGCCAAAGUGAACGCAAACAUAAAAUCGCUCAACGACGAAAUUGACAACGAAACCAAGAGAAAAAAGCAACUGGAAAAGAAUUUUUCCGACGACGAAAAAACCCUCAAACUCAAAGAAUCCAACUUGGCGAAAGUCGAAUCGACUUUCCUCAAACUCAAAGAAGCGGACGAAAAGGACAAGGAAGCUUACCUUACGUCCCAAAAACGAGUUGUGGCUUUAAGCGCUGGAAUGGAACUCAACGACCAAGGCGAAGCCGAGUCGCUUCUCGCCCAAUUAAUGAACGUACGUCAAGAAGUCUCUGAAGUGACCAGCAACAAAAACUGCACUCGCGUCAAGCUCAAAUAUUUUGAAGACCGCCUCAAAGAAAAACAACGGAAAAGUUCCAACGCAAACGAAAUCCUCAAAGACCAACAGGCCCAAAAGGCCAUGACUCAAGAAAUUGAACAAUUGAAAAACAGUAUGAAAAAAUUGCAUUUCAAGGAGGACCGGAUGAACGAUUUGAAGAAUAGGAGAGGACACUUGGCGCAAGAAAUGAGGGUUUUGAAGCAACGGGUUGAUCAUUUUGAGAUGCGGAAUUCAUACACCCAGUUCAGGUAUAAAGACCCCGAACCCAAUUUUAAAAGGAGCAGUGUUAUUGGAGUUGUUUGCCGAUUGUUUGAAGUGAAAGACGAGGCGGCGGCGUAUGCUUUGGAAAUGGCAGCCGGUGGUCGGUUGUACAAUGUUGUUAUAGAUACCGACAUUACCGGCAAGAAGCUACUCAAAAACGGGGAUUUACAGCAGAGGCGCACCUUCAUGCCGCUUAAUAAAAUUCAAGUGAAUAAGAUGAGCAACAGUGUUGUUAAGACAGCCGAGAUUUUGGUCGGGAAAGACAAUAUCAAACUGGCCUUGGACUACUUGAAGUACGACAAAAAAAUGCAAGUCGUUAUGGAACACAUUUUCGGAAAUGUGUUCAUUUGUAAGGACAUGGAUGUGGCAAAACAAGUCGCCUUUGAUAACAGGAUUAGACGCAAAUGUGUGACGCUAGAUGGCGACAUUGUCGACCCGGCGGGUACCUUAACUGGGGGUUCCCGGGAACAAACCGAAUCGGUUUUGAAACAACUCGAAACCAUAAAACAAGUGGAGCAACAACUGAAUGCCAAAGAUGAAGAAUUUGAAAAAAUCGAGUCCGAAAUUCGUGAAAUGGGCCCCAAAGAAGAACAAUUCGCCACGUAUCGAAGACAGUUGGAAUUGAAAGAGCACGAAUUGAGUUUAAUUACGCAAAGGUUGCAACAAUCGACUUAUUACCAACAGAAGGAAGAAAUAGCGAAUUUGGAAAAAGAAAUCGAAAAUUUGAAGCAAACAAUUGCCUCGUGUGAAGAAAAUGAGAAGAAACUCAACGAAAAAGUGGCCAGUUUGGAGAAACAAGUCGAAGGCUCGAAAGGUGGAACCGAGAAGAAAUUAAAAGAGGCUGAAGCAGAAAUGGCCAGAUUGAAGGCAAAAGCGGACAAAAGCCGAAAAGAGUGGCAACAAAAAGAGUUGGAUUAUGCAACGUUUAAGGGAGAAAUUGAAGAAUUGAAACAGAGUUUGUUGGAUACGAAGCAGCAGAUUGAAGCAGCUGAAGCAAAUAUCGAAAAAUUAAAACAGCAACUUGAAGAAAUCGGGACGCAAUCAACCGAAAUGAAUGAAAACAUCGCCGAAUUGCAAGCCCAACUCAAGAAAGGCAAAGCCGAAAUCGUCGAGAAGAACAAAGACGUGCAAAAGAAGAUCAACGAAAAGGAAGAACUGCAGUCGAAAAUCACCCAGUGUGAGAUCCAAAUGAAAGAAUCCACUCACAAGUUGAAGAAACUACAAGACGAGUGUAAGAAUUUGAAGACGCGUCAAGCUGAUUGUGAGCAACGUGCCAAUCGCAACGAGUUGAAAAACGCCGAGAAGAUGUCAGAUGAAGAUGGCCUAAAGUUGGAGAGAAAAAUUCGAGAAGCACAAGAAAUGAGGAAAAACCUUGGACGCACGGUCAACAGCCAAGCACAAGUCCAUUUCGAAGAACAGGAAAAAGAGUACAAUGAAGUGAAGAAAAAGUUACGAAUUGUUGAACAAGACAAACAGAAGCUGCUCGAUGCCAUUAAAGAAUUAGACAGGAAGAGAGAAGAUAUUGUGUGCAAGGCUUAUUCGCAAAUUUCCAAAGAUUUUGGUUCGAUUUUCAGCACGUUGUUGCCAGGGGCCGCCGCCAAGCUGUUGCCGCCCACGGGACAAACGGUCCUUCAGGGAGUUGAGAUUAAGGUCUCGCUUGGUGGCAUUUGGAAAGACAGUUUGACGGAAUUGAGUGGAGGACAAAGGUCAUUAGCAGCCCUGUCGUUAAUUCUCGCCAUGUUGUUAUUCAAACCGGCGCCAUUGUAUAUUUUAGAUGAAGUUGACGCCGCCUUAGAUCUGUCACAUACGCAGAAUAUUGGUCGUAUGUUAAAGACUCAUUUCAAAACGUCACAGUUCAUUGUGGUGUCGCUCAAAGACGGAAUGUUCAGUAACGCUAAUGUUCUUUUCAAAACACAAUUCGUAGAUGGCGUUUCGACCGUCUCAAGGACCGUCAACCGGAGUGCCGUUUAAGUAUUACUAAGAGUGUAGAUGAUUAUUUCCCAAAUAAAUUUUUUACUCACGA